AGCAAACAUAGCUUGAGUAACUCCCCAAGUCACGUGAGGAACGUUCAAAACAUUUGGCGGAAAACGAGUUGGUCAGCCACAACUACAAACACAACUGGGUAGCUACAGUACCCACACAAUAAUGUCUCAACGCAAGGUUGUUUUAAAGUGUGGGAAAUAUGCAGUGCUGGUGGAUCUCCACAUCAUAGUGCCUCUGGGCCGAACACACCAGGACAGCAGCUGGUUCAGUGUGGAACACACUGAGGAGGUCACAGGUCUGGUGAGAGAUGUGGUAGACCAAAGAGUCAAGCUGUAUAUGGACCUCCUCCACAAGAGAGAACUGCCCAAACACAAGAGAGAACUGCCUCCUGCCAAGACCUUCUUUAUUAAAGGGAGCAGCAUUGGUCUGGUGGCUAACUUCCUGAAGCGACAUUUCAACCUACGGUGUGUUGUCCACCAGCAGUAUGGAGAGUUGCGUGUGUUUCCUGAGCGUUGUGUGGUGUGUGUGGGCCGAGCGGAGGAUGCCCUAGCGUUGCACUUUAACCCGACCCCUGCAGUGAACCUAACAGCGAUGACCCCCACGGUGACCCUAUCUGAGAAUGCAUCGGAGCAGAGCACCAAGUCCCAGUAUUUUUCCAGGCCUGCAGUGAAGAGAAGUGCCGAACUGAACUCCUCCACAGCAGUGAAGAGAAGUGCCCUCCACAAAUUAGUCAAACAGGCCAGCGUGCAGAAGCCCCGGGACCAGAUCCAAGCCCAACUCUGCCUCCAGGACCAAUCAACUGGGUCAGCCUUUAGGGAGCAGAGCCCCGACCAGAGACUAUGCCUUGGAGAGCAGAUAUCUGUCAGCUGUCAGCUCAGUCAGGACACCUGCCAGGUGGAGCUCCCCCAGCCCAGGACACCAGCAGGUGACCCCCCAGGACGGAAUCAUGGAGUGGGUGUAGGGGGGCUCAGGCAGACUAAGGGAAAGCUUAGUGUUGACCUCAGAAACAUUAGUCAGAACCGUCUAUCCCAGACCCAUCCCCAUGACCUCUUCCAGGGGGCCUCUGUGUCCCUCAUCCUACCAAACCAGCUCGUGGGUUGGAGACCCAAACCUAGCACUGUCCCAGUGGGUGACCUUCCUCAACCCCCUCUUCCCAGUGCCAAGACAGUGUUCCCAGUGGAUGACCUUCCUCAACCCCAUCUGCCCAGUGCCAAGACAGUGUUCCCAGUGGAUGACCUUCCUCAACCCCCUCUGCCCAGUGCCAAGACAGUGUUCCCAGUGGAUGACCUUCCUCAACCCCCUCUGCCCAGUGCCAAGACAGUGUUCCCAGUGGAUGACCUUCCUCAACCCCCUCUGCCCAGUGCCAAGACAGUGUUCCCAGUGGAUGACCUUCCUCAACCCCCUCUGCCCAGUGCCAAGACAGUGUUCCCAGUGGAUGACCUUCCUCAACCCCCUCUGCCCAGUGCCAAUACAGUGUUCCCUGGAAGUCUUCCAGUAGCUGGUUUCUCUAGUACAGAGCUCUUAACACAAACGCGCUCAGCUAUGCCUUCCAAACAUAACCCUCUUUCUCCUCAUCUCUCUCUGUCACCUCCUCAUCCUCCUCGGGUUAAACCCAGCGCCACGGCAGAGUCCAAGGCUUUCCCAGCCUCCGUUGAAGCCACAGCCGUCUACUCCCCGGACCCACAGCAGAACCGGUCCCAAACCACAGUGGAAGUGGAGCUGCUUACUCCAGGGAAACAGGCCCAGAGGCUCCCCUGUCUUCACAUGGAGCAGACGAACCAAAACAGCCCCGCCGCAAGUCUGAGAGGCCCAUCCGUCAAACCACCCGUGGAGGCGGGCCCAGACACACCAGCACCCUGCUCUGCUGGUUCUACAUCCUCCAGAGGCAGAGAGGAAGAUGGAGAGGAGAAAAGAGGAGUUAAGAAGAGGAGAGAGAUGGGGAUGGAGGGGAAAGUGGCCAGACCAUCCAGAUUACGACGACCGAAGAAGUGAGAAGAGGGGAGAGGAGAGGGGGGAGAGAGA